AUGGCCCAGCCCAGAGCCUGUCAGCAGCAGGAGAACAGACUGCAUGAAGUGAACCUCUCUGCCCAGAGGCUGCGUGUGCUCCCUCCCGCAGUCCUGAGCAAUUCCAUGCUGGAGAGCCUUGACCUUGACAGGAACAAGCUCCGGACCAUCACCGGCAUUUCUAAGCUUUGCAACCUCAAGAAGCUGAUACUGUCCAAGAAUGAGUUUGUGGACUUUCCCAAUGAAAUCCAGAGCCUGGUCUGUCUGGAGAGGCUUGAGCUGAAUCAGAACCAAAUCCGGACCAUCCCGGAGGGAGUUUUCUCCCAUCUCCCCAGGCUUAAACACCUGCGGCUGAACAACAACCGUCUCUGUGCCCUCCCCAGGGACCUGGCAGCUUGUCAAGGCAGCCUCCAGUAUCUCAACAUUUCCAACAACCUGUUCCGGACCUUCCCGCAGCCAGUCCUGCAGCUGGCACACUUGCAGGAGUUCCAUGUGCAGAACAAUGCCCUUCGCCAGCUCCCCAAGGAGCUCUUCCAGGGACAAUUCCUCAAAAUGUUUAAGGCCAGUGGGAACCCCCUCCGGGAGCCACCCAGUGAAGUGUGUGCUGGUGGCAUUCAGCAGAUCCGGAAUUACUUCAACCAACUUCAGCAUGGUUUGGGGCAGGAGGACAAGAGGGUCAAGACCAUGUUCCUGGGGGCCUCACUGGCAGGGAAGUCCACCAUCUGUAGAAGCCUGAAGCAAGGACAAUCCAAACUGGUGCCCAAGGAAGAGCGAACCGUUGGGAUAGAGAUCAGUGAGUUCCAGAUCGAGGACUUCACGUUUCUCUUCUGGGACUUUGCUGGCCAGCUGGAAUACUACAUGACUCACCAUGUGUUCAUCACCCCACAGGCGCUCGUCAUCCUCGUCAUCAAUCUUCACAUGUACCAAACUAACGACAAAACAUUCAAAGAGCUCGUUGGUUUCUGGGUCAACAACCUGUCCAUGAGAGUCCCAAACUCGGUGGUGCUUCCUGUGGGAACACAUGUGGACUGCUGCCAGGAGCAGGAGGUAGCAGAGAAGACACAUGACAUCACGGCCAGAAUAACAGCCAUGCUGGCGGAGAGAAAAAGUAACCUCGCUCACUUCAUCAACAACCUGGAGAGCAGUGAGGAGCCCAAGUUUUACGUGGACCAGUGGGAGAAGCUGAAAGAGAUGGAGAGCUGCACAUUAACCAUCCUAAACUUAGUUACUGUCAACUGCACGGAUCACUGUGACAUCAAAAAGCUCGAGGCCACUAUUUUGAAGCAUGUAAAGAAUGAGGAGCUCUUCCCUGAGGUAGUCCGGGUGCUGCCGCCUGUCUACAGGCAGGUGGAAGCUGCCAUUGUGGAUAUAGCACAGAGCGAGGAGAUUGCGAACCACGGCAUGAUGGACCUCCAGUACUUAGUCAGCAAACUCUGCCAGUGCAAGCACCUGGCUGGCCUGGGCAGAGAGCUCCUCCAGGACAUCUUGCGGUACCUCCACCGCAUCGGGCUCGUCGUGUGGUAUGAGGAAAUCAAGCACUUGGAGAGCACCGUCUUUCUCCAGCCUACAUUCUUAAUAACGAUGUUCAAGCUCCUGGUGCGGCACCACCUUGUCCAGCAGCUGGAGACCAUCUCUGUGGAGACGCUGAUCGGGGAGCAUGCCACCAUCAGAGACAGGGCCAACUGGGUGUGGACCUUCAAGUCAAAGGCAAUGCUGUGCCACCAGGCUGUGCGCGCCUUAGUGAAGCACCAGCUCUGUUUGGAAGGGAUGUGGGAUGUCUUUGAGGAAAUCAUGGGACACAGGCCUUACAAAGGGAGAGGGAAGCUCUUCAGCCUCCUGGAGCACUUUGAGCUCUGCCUGGAGGUGAAGCACACUGGUGAAGCACUCAACCCACAGGCCAGGGAGUUUGUGCCUGGGAAGCCAUGGGAGACAACACGGAGCCAAGGCGAGUCCUGGUACUUGUUCCCAACCUAUCUGAACCAGACAGAGGAAGUGUCUGAGGUGUGGGGAGGAGAUCACCCUGAGGACCUCCACAUCCGUGCCUACUUCUCACCCGAAAUACCUGAGGGCUUCUUCCAGAGGUUCCUGGUGAAAGCUUGUUCCUUCUAUUCCACGCACUGGGUGGCCAAGGUAACCUGCCUGCUUGUAUGCAAUGGCAAACCUGUGCUGAUCAAAGAGAAUAACCAGAGAGCCUACAGCUACUUGGAGCUCCGCUGCAGAAAGCCAUCAGAAAGGACAGGGUUCCAGUUUGCCUGGGACUUCCUGGUGGCAGUCGUGCUCAUCAUCCAGAAGCUCGCUGAGGAGUGGCCAGGGCUGCACGUCUGCGUGAAGACUCCCUGCCGAACGUCUGGCUGUCCUGCAGAGCUCCUCUGGCCAGACAUGGAUGGCACAGGUGCCACGACAAAGGAAGACAUUAAAACCUGUGGGACAUGUGGGCACCGUUUCGGUGCAGAGCUGCUCCUGCCCAAAGUACCGAAGCCACUGGAGAAGCCCCCAGCACAGUCCUCUGCUUGCUAUUACGUGACAAGCUAUGGGACCACCACCUUUGGCCCCAGCAGCAUCCAGGUCACUAGGCAGGUAAGGACACUACUACCUCCCCUUGCCCAGGCACCAACAGUGAUGGUCAGGGUCCUGAAACGAGGGGGUGCAGUUAUUUUCAGCCUGGGGAGGGCACACCCCAUCUUCAGGCACCCCUCUGGUUUCCACACUCCUCCCUGAGAUACCACCCCCUCUGUGCCUCUGAGCUGGUGGUCUGGGUGUCUGGUGUUGUAGUUAUUGCCUUCUUUUUCCAGAACAUCUCCAGUGAGUAACCCUGGGCCAGUGCUCAAUGAAGAAUUACUUUUGUUUAGUCCAAGCCAAGCUGUCCUCAGCACAAUCUGAUUGCAAGUCAUGUUUGCAGCCGUAAUGCAUGGAAAUAAAUGCAUUGAUAAAUGCAUCCCUUCACACUGGGAAGUGACCUCACCAACUCAAAUUUAAGGGGAAGAAGGUGCUGAUAAAGCUCUCUGAUACCAGCCUGCUCCUGCCAGCUGGGCACAAG